GCAGCUUUUUCUACGUUUAAGCGGCAAGGAGGUAUUUUCAAACUUUCCUCAAACAGUCCCCGGCGCACUUUCAGCUGGACCAAUUAAGACUGUCGCCUCACAACUUUCUUUAAUUAGCAGCGCGCGAAUUAAUAACCGGCGCUGAAAGCCAUUAUCGCCCUCCUCCUUCUCGGUUUGGGACGAUUACAUUCUAGAGCAGAGUCUAAUCGUCCUGAUAGGAAAUUCACAUCAAAAUAUCGGUCAAAUUUACAGAUGUGAAGGUGUUCUCGGUCCGUUCACUCCCCGGUCCCCCUAUCUCCCUCCCACUCGAUCUCUCUGUUUUAUGUCUGCGUCACAACAAGUCGGUCGAGAGAGAGGCAGAGAUGAUGGCGUCUCUCGCGGGUUGAUUCUCAUGCUGCUCUGACAAACACGUUUAAUAACAUCAAUAGGAGGGGGAAAGAGAGGAAAGGGAUGGGAACAUGACGAAACGACGUCGCGGAAGACGGACUGAUAGAGAGACAGACGGACAGACGCCUUUUCACUGACGGGUUGACUGACAUACUCGUUUUGGCACCGACACACACGUACACAUCCACUCUUGCACACACAGACACAUAACCGGACAGUAAUUGUGACGGGAAAAAACAGAGGAGAAAAGGCAUUUCAUGUCAAGCUUGCACGGAAAUCUCUGUGACCCCAGCGGAGAGGAGUUCGACUUUACAGGAUGGGGGUAGUGAAUGAAGGAGAUGAUGUUUUAGCGCGAUGGAGUGAUGGACUACUUUACUUAGGCAAUGUUAAAAGAGUGGAUGGAGUCAAACAGUGCUGCCUGGUCCGAUUUGAGGACAACUCUGAGUUCUGGGUCUUGAGGAAAGACAUACACUCAUUCUCUGUUGGAGUGGAGGAAGUUUGUUGUAUCUGUGAUGCUCCACCUCUGAAAGAACCUCUCAUCAACUGUCUCAAGUGUCGCCAUGGCUACCAUCCUGAGUGCCAUAUCCCGGCCAUCGAGGCCGAGGCGGAGAGUGACGCCUGGAUCUGCCGGCAGUGUGUUUUUGCAGUUGCCACAAGGAGAGGGGGUGCCUUGAAGCGGGGACGCUUUGCCAGACUCAUGCAGUUCAUGAAGCUGCGGCUGCCCUAUCAGCUGUCAACUUUGGACUGGGACCCCCAGCACCUGACCAAUCAGCAGCAGUGUUACUGCUACUGCGCUGGGCCUGGAGAGUGGAACCUGAAGAUGCUGCAGUGUGGUAGCUGUGGUCAGUGGUUCCAUGAAGCAUGCACACAGUGCUUGACCAAACCCCUGCUCUAUGGAGACAGGUUCUAUCGGUUCCAGUGUUCCGUUUGCACAAGUGGACCAGAGACAAUCCAGCGGCUACCCAUGAACUGGGUAGAUUUGGCCCAUUUGGUCCUUUAUCACCUCUCUCUGUGCUGCAAGAGGAAGUACUUUGAUUUUGACCACGAAAUCCUGUCUUUCACCAACGAGAACUGGGAGUCUCUGCUGCUAGGAGAGCUCUCUGACACGCCGAGGCAAGAUCGAUGCCACAAUCUGCUCAACGCGCUGAACUCCCACAAAGACAGGUUCGUCUCUGGCAAGGAGAUAAAAAAGAAGAAGUGUCUGUUCGGGCUGCAGGUGCGGGCGCCUCCCCCUCUCUCGUCGGACGCGUCUCCGCUCAUCGCCGAGCCCCCCAUCAACAUCACACACAGGAAAAGCCCCUUGUCACUGCCGUGUCAGCGGAGGGUGGUGGGCCAGGAGUCGCGCAAAUCAAAGCGCCGUAUCAUGGAGACACAGCCUUGUCCACAAGGAGCGGCAGCCAACCCCAUAGAUCUGGUGCCAUGUUGCCAUGGUUAUGUAGGUGGGACGAACCUCUACAACUCCAGGAAAUCCGAGGAGGAGUUGACGUUGGGAUCACCUCCCAAGAGAAUGUUUGCGCUCUACCACCCCUCCUACAACGGCACCCAGCCCCUGAGCCACAGAACCCUGCAUCACUACAGUCCAGAGGACCCUUGCAGACACCCGCACCCUCCUCCCUGCCUUCCGUUCUCCCAUCACCAGCCAGGCCAGAGGCUGGACCCGUGUCCCUCACUCUUCCUGCGUGAUGUCAAUUCCUUUUCUGGCGGGGUGCCGGGAGAGGGGCCGGCACCCCGGAGCUGGGGAGGUGGGGAGGCAGUCAGGAUCCUGGCCAGACGGAUAACUCCGGACGGAAAGGUCCAGUACCUCGUGGAGUGGGGCAACGUGAGCGUGUACUGAGUUAGUUUAAACGGGUGUGUUCGACCGUGCGUGUGUGUGUGUGUGUGUGUGUGUGUGAUUGUAUAUUUGUGUGUAUGCAUGUGUGUGUUUGUGUAUGUGUGUAUGUAUGUAUGUGAUUGUAUGUUUGUGUGUGUGUGUGUGUGUGUGUGUGUGUGUGUGUGUGUGUAUGUGUCUGUCUGUCAGUCUGUCUGUGUGUGCAAGUGUUUGAUAGAGUGAGAGAGAGAAAUGUAAGGGCAAAGCGAGGACAAAGGGAAGAGGCCUAGAAGGAAAAGAGACGAAGAAGCAGACACGAUUAGCGCGUGUGAGGCCACAUCAGAGAGAGCUGGAGAUGCCCUCCGAGGAGAGCAGGAAUUGGCGCGGCCGCGUACGGAACCCACAAAGUCGAGAGCGCAAGAACAUGUAACGUUUCUCCAAAUUCAGGUUAAUUAAAUAAUACAACAACAACAAACACGAAUUAGCACCGUGAUCUGCAGAGAUCACCCUGCUACUUCUCUUUUGUUCAAGUGUCAGAUACCUUUAGAAUAUGCCUUCUUGAGAUCUGGUGAUCAGAAUUUAUUUUUCUUCCAUCAUUGUGUUAUGUUAUUUUGCACUCUUUUUUGGUCAUGAAGGCCUGUAGUAACGUCUAAGGGCAUUAAUUUGUAAAAAGAUUUCUAUGUUCACUCAUGUCCACAAUAACUACCAUUGGAUUGUAUACCUCUACAUAUACUGUUAAGUAGGGUAACCUUGUUAAACAGAUCAGGACAACUCUCAUACAGUAUGCCUCCUUGUUUGCAGAUAUUUUCUCAUAGACAUUGACACAGAUUUACUGAAGUUAUUUGUUUAUGUAAUAUAGAAUGGAGAAUCUGGAGAGAAAUCACACUAUGCAUAUCCGUAUUACAUUGUUAAGGUUGGCAGGAACUGUGGAUAGUCUAGUUGAGAAUGCGUUCACCGUAUGAACAAUAUGCCACUAAAGCGCCUUUCAUAUUGUGACGGCAUUUUCUCCCAUGAUAAUCUCACUCAAUAUGGUGUCAAGCUGGAAAACAGCUGUGACUAUCUCCCAGGAUUUCCCCACUGGAUAUUGUUCGACUUGUUUGGUGGCAGAAAGGUUGUCGCCUUUUUUUUUUUUUUUGAAAAAUACUCUACAUUCAUGACUGAUGAUGAUACAUGUAUGAAGACCUGUUCCAUCAAUUUCUGUGAAGACCACUCUUGGAGGCCCGCCAAUUAUGUACUUAUUUUUGUGGUGGAUUUUCAACAUUCAGUUGUACAUUCACAGGAAACAGACUGACAAGAGGCAUAAUAAUACACAAAUAUUAGCAAGGUGCUGGAAUAUUUCUUUUUUUUUUUUUUUUUUUUUUUUUAAUUCUUAUAGUUAUUAGCUACAUUUAUUGAACAAAGUGAAAACAUGAACAACAGAAACUUUUUGAUUUACAUAAACUGAAUCAUACUAUUGUAAAGAAAUGACAAAAUGUGGUGGUUUGAGACCUUCAAACCAAUCAUAUGCUAUUGACUGUUUGAUUCUAAGAGCAUGGCGAGUCCGGAACAGGCGAGGUUUAGAUCCCUCUUCAAGAACUUGGCAGUAGCUGUUAAAACAUUUCAAGGGGUCUAACCAUAAAUCUGAGAUUGGUAAUGAAUGUAUUUGUGCGUUUUUCUUUUUUGUUUAUGGUAUGGACAAUAUACCUGUAAAGUGCUUGUUAGGUCAUAGUUGGAAUUUUAUAGUAUAUAUCUAUCAUAUGUCAGGGUUAAAACUUUAAGUCAAGGAAGAAUAAUCCUUGACACCGUAGUCCUUGUUUGAGUUGUUGUCAGGUCCAAGUUUGCUUUGAUGUAUCCUUUGACUUUUGAUCAGAUUAAGUUUAUACUGUACAUGUACUAUAGAUUGACACACAUGAAGUAUCAACAAAUAAAAAAAAGUGUUACAGGUCUCA